CCUGCGCGCUAGCCAGUUGUAGUGCAGGCAGGUUGUGGUUGUGGUAAAACGGGUAGGGAAAAAAAAAAAACCUCUGUAGCAGACUGGCUCAGGAAGUGAGUCUCCGGCAUUGACACCACCUGACAAGGAUGGGGAACAUAUUCGCAAACCUCUUCAAAGCCUUCGGUAAAAAGGAGAUGAGAAUUUUGAUGGUGGGACUGGACGCAGCAGGAAAGACCACCAUCCUGUACAAGCUGAAGCUGGGAGAGAUCGUCACCACUAUUCCUACCAUCGGGUUUAAUGUUGAAACUGUGGAGUAUAAGAACAUCAGCUUCACUGUGUGGGACGUCGGUGGUCAGGACAAGAUCAGACCCUUAUGGCGUCACUACUUCCAAAACACACAGGGUCUGAUCUUUGUAGUGGACAGUAAUGACAGAGAGCGGGUGAACGAGGCCAGAGAGGAGCUGAUGAGGAUGCUGGCUGAGGACGAGCUCAGAGACGCCGUGCUGCUCGUGUUCGCUAACAAGCAGGACCUGCCGAAUGCCAUGAACGCUGCAGAGAUCACAGAUAAACUGGGCUUACACUCUCUGCGCCACAGGAACUGGUACAUCCAGGCCACGUGUGCCACGAGCGGAGACGGUCUGUACGAGGGACUCGACUGGCUCUCCAACCAGCUUAAAAACCACAAAUAAUCUCCAACACCUACCUUCUGUUUCUCCUCCCACACUGUAGCGCUGUGAUCUCCAUUCAGUUUUAAAGCAGAACGUACCGGAAGCUGCUCUCCUCCUCCUCCUCCUCCUCUCAGACUGGUCCGAGUGUGGUGACGGAGCCAUGCACCUCUAACCCUUUUACCUAAACUAUUAUUAACGAGGCAGCUUUUGGAGCGCUCUUACGCAACACUAGGCGUGUGCCGAUAUUACACCGUAGUAUAUACCUCAGAUACCUGAGCGACUUUUUAAUAUCAAUUGUAGUCGUUUUUUUUCCCCCCUCCCACUUUUUAACCUCUUCUUAUAGCGAAGCCGGUUAACGCUGACUGCCGGAACGCCUGCAGUGAUGUCGGUACAUCAGCGAGCUGAACGGAACCUGGAACCUCGGCCGGAGUUCCUCUGACGGUUCUAGGUUGUGUUUAGCUGGUUAACACGAUUCUGUUCAUCUACGAACACGAGACAUAACAAUGACCAGAGAUAUUUUAAAUAUCGGUAUCUUGUGAUUAUCAGCACACGCCUACGCAUUAUACAUAUACAGUAUAUAUAUAUAAGAUAUAGACCUAUACACGUAACCUGUCCUGUACUUUUUAUUGUCUUUAUUUAAUCAUAGAUGAACUGUAGUGGGGAAAAUCCUGAAAAUCAUCACAUCCUCUAGCUCUUCUUUCUGUUUGUUUUUUUUUGUUUUUUAUUUGUGUACCCUAACGGAUAAGACGUACUGUAAAAGACUUACGGUCUACGUAGAGGAGGUCGAGACAGCGCGCACACACAAACACACACCUGUACAUACACACACCUGUACAUACACACACUACACACACACAUAUUAAGGGCAAAAGCAAAUCUUCAGUCUCACACACUGAGAUCAGCAUCUUUAUUUGAAUCAGGAGCAGGAAGGUUUUAACCCAAGACUUUACUGGAUUCAGGUGUCAGGUGUAAUAUAUCAGGACACAACCAAGCAUCUGAAAAUUGUGUACAUUUCCCCCUGAAAACCAGGACCCUGUUAGUAGUUACGAGCUCCUGAUGAUGGCUUGUUUAGACCUGUGUGCAAAACUAAUCCCCGUCAAGUCUCAGGUUUAAUCGCUCUUAGCCUUUACACCUGGAGAAGCAGAACAGGGCUUUGUGUCAGAUGAGAUCGAGUUCCUGUGUGUGUGUGUGUGUGUGUGUUAGUCUCAGAGCCCUGGUUAAGCUGCAGUGUACACUACUGAACCUACAGCAUGCGUCCCACACGGAUUGAUUUUAAACGCUCCUUUUCUUUAAUACGUGGUAUAAUCGAGAGAAUUUUAGUUUUUUUUUUUUCCUUUAUAGAAUGUAAAUUAAAACCCUGAUCAGCUGAUAUUCCCCCCGCUGCAGCAGGAACUUCCUCUGCUUCCUUAGAACUGACCUGGAGAACGUAGGUACGAGUCGAUACUGUAGUCACGCUUGAUUAGACAGUAAGGAGCGUCAUCUAGGGCUCAUGUGUUAGCAGAACGAAUCCCUGAGCUGCUCUAAUCUCUGCUGGAAGUGACUCCGGGGUGUGGGAUGUAGGCGGUAGAUGAGACGGACCUCACCGUAACGCUGCCUUUUCCUUCCUCCUGAACACUAGUGGUGUCGUGAGCAGCUGCUUGUGAAAUGCUCUGAGAAUGUGACACGGUACAGCAAUAUUAACCACGCAGCAGCAGCAGUGUUGGAGUCCAGGUGUGUUCGCUGUGUUGGUGUUCCUUCGUGCCUUCGUGAUCUCAGUCUGAACUCCGUACCCUUCUGGGACUGUUUUUAAUCUGUAUUAUUUUAAUCCUUUCGUUUGCUUAAACUGGAUGAAAGAGUUCUUUUACUUUCCUGUCUGGUUUCGUUCACUCGUGCUCGAUCUGCUUACUCUGGGACGCGGCCGGCGUGGAUAUUAAACCCUACCAUUUUAUUCCAGUCGUCUGGACUGGUGUGUGAUACAACACGGUGCCUGCUGAACAUCAUCCCAACACUUAUCAGCACAUGCCCAGUGAGGACGAAGUAUUCCAUCAACUUUCUUCCUGUCUGACUCUUUAACAUGAAUGUUGGAUUUUUUUUAUUUUUUUUUUAUGCAAAUUUGUGUCUGCUUUCAUUUUGACAGAAAAGUAAUGAAAGAAAAAAUAAAGGAAUGAAACUCA